UAAAGACAUUGCUGCGUUCGCUGCGAUAUUCUUUAACGACUUCAUUUCUUACGGGGGCCAUACCUACAAGGGACGUCCGUUCCACAUGGCUGCGGAAUCUUAUGGGGGUCACUACAUCCCCAUCUUCGCAUCUGAAGUAUUUGACCAGAAUGCCAGGUUGAGGGAGCUGAAAUAUGCAGAGAUCAACCUAACGUCUAUCAUGAUUGGAAACGGCUUAACUGAUUACUACAGCUUGUGGCCUUCGUACGUUGAUUUUCAAUGUAGUCUUCAUCCGUUCCAAUCGAUUAGCGCAUGCAUACGUAUGAAACAAGCAGUGCCUCGCUGCCAGAAGUGGACGAGGGAGUCUUGCAUUGAUCAGUUCGAUAAGAUGAACUGUCAAGCUGCAAGAGAUUUCUGUGAUACAGAACUGGAAGGCCCUUUUGACGCAACAGGAUUAAACCCAUAUGAUAUCAGGAUACCAUGCGAAGGGAAUGUUACGGAAACCUUAUGCUACCCAGUUAUCGCAAAUGUCGUCAAAUACCUUAACAGACAGGAUGUACGAGAAACCAUUGGCAUUGACGCCAAAGUACAGAGCUUCAAGCCGUGCUCCGACGAAGUUGGGGAUGCCUUCAGUGCUACCCUCGAUGUAUAUCACGAAACCUACACGCACGCAUAUCGCACUGCUUUUAGAGCGUGACAUUCGCGUCCUGAUUUAUGUGGGGGACCAAGAUUUCAUCUGCAAUUGGCUAGGAAAUGAGCGAUGGACACUAGAGAUGGAGUGGAGUGGCAGGCAAGAAUUUGUUACCGAGGACUUGCGCGAUUGGACAGUAGAUAGCAAAUUCGCAGGGAAGACCAGAAGCGCUCGAGGACUCACUUUCGCAACCGUUAGCGGUUCAGGCCAUAUGGUCCCAUAUGAUCAGCCAAAAGCAUCACUGGAGCUCGUGAACAGGUGGCUAGCAAGGAGAGAUUUGUACUCUCGGUCAGAAUGUCAUAUAAGGUCAAAGUAGCAAGCUCAACAACUUGUUUGCGCAAUGUAAAAGGGCUACAUCCGUUGAACAGGUUGCCAAUGUUGUGCUAAUUU